CCAGGUGGGAGGGAGGCGGCCGGGCUGCGCUCGCUAAGGGCGAGCGUCCAGUGCCGGGUCGGCCAGGGGAUGGAGGAUGGCCAGACGCGCAUGUAUACUCGCCGCGUCCCCAGCCGCUGCGAGGGGCCGGGUCACGGGCGAGACCCACGCGAGAAUCUACCCUUCCCGGAGCAGAGGACAUGAUCAAGUUUCAGGCGUCAGUGUGAGAAAGAAUGUCAUACACGUGGGCAUCGAGGUAUUGAGGCAUUACAUACUGAGGGCAGAGACCUGCCAGGUGAUGUCUCCGGGUUUUGUACAGGAACCAACAACACUCACAGGGUCUGUGGACCCCGUGAAGGAAGAGCAGGGGUGCCCAGGCCCAGCCCAGAGGAAGCAGGAGGGUGCUGUGACGCUGCAGGGCUGCAGGAACUUGGCGGAGACUUGAAAGACAAUCCUGUGGAGUCUGUGGGACAAAGGACUCUAGCAUAAGUCACAAACAGCAAGCUUCGAGGAAGAUGUGGCCAGUUAGCACCUGGGAGUAGGGACUGCCUUAUGACUCUUCAGCGGAAAAGGACAGGGUUCUGAGCUAGAUCCCUGCCAGAAGUGGGGAGCGGCAUCUUGUCAUAUUCCAGAAAUAAGAACAGUCUAGCGAUUCUUCGGUGCCUUGGCAAACACUGAAAGUGAAAGCUACCUCUCUCUGGCAACCCCAAACUAGAUGGCCUCACAAGACUCCCCUGGGAAGCUGCAUAAGAAUGAGCCCCAGGACCCCAGGGAGAGCCAAGCUGUCUCUGUUCCUGGGGAGUGCACCGAGAGGCAAGGGGUGCAGGGGGAGAGGCCGCCCAUGGCCCGGGGUUCUGGAAACCUGCAGCUUAAACUUGGGUCUGACAGAACACAGCCAGUGUCACCACUGGUUGGUGGUGAAGCCACUUGCCCUCGUGGCCCAGUGAAAGAAUCGGAUCCCUGUGUCCAUAACCACAAAGACAUUUCAAGGUGGAAGUCACGGUUGGUCAGCUGCAGCCACCAGCGAGCUCACCCAGAGCACAAGUCCUGCCACUGUGGCAACUGUGGGAAGUUGCUGCCCACUGGCCCAGAUGCUGCUCCCUACACAAAGACCUGCGCUGCAGAGAAGCCACAGAGGUGUGACCAGUGCAGAAAAGACUUCAGUGCGAAGCCAGAGCUCCUGCCCCACCAGAGACACCACACGGAAGAGAAGCCCUACGCAUGCACGCAGUGUGGCAGAGGCUUCACCCGAAGCUCCAGCCUGCUGGUCCACCAGGCCAUCCACGCUGACGAAAAGCCCUACAAGUGUGACAAGUGCGGCAAGGGCUUCACCCGGAGCUCCAGCCUGCUCAUCCACCAUGCCGUCCACACGGGCGAGAAGCCAUACAAGUGUGACAGGUGCGGUAAGGGCUUCAGCCAGAGCUCCAAGCUGCACAUCCACCAGCGCGUGCACACAGGGGAGAAGCCCUACACCUGCGGCGAGUGCGGCAUGAGCUUCAGCCAGCGCUCCAACCUGCACAUCCACCAGCGCGUGCACACCGGGGAGCGACCCUACAAAUGCGGGGAGUGCGGCAAGGGCUUCAGCCAGAGCUCCAACCUGCACAUCCACCGAUGCAUCCACACCGGUGAGAAGCCCUACCAGUGCUACGAGUGUGGCAAGGGCUUCAGCCAGAGCUCCGACCUCCGCAUCCACCUCCGUGUGCACACUGGGGAAAAGCCCUACCACUGCGGAGAGUGCGGCAGGGGCUUCAGCCAGAGCUCCAAGCUCCUCAUUCACCAGCGUGUGCACACCGGGGAGAAGCCCUACGAAUGCAGCAAGUGCGGCAGGGGCUUCAGCCAGAGCUCCAACCUGCACAUCCACCAGCGUGUACACAGGAAGGACCCGGGCCCGUGACAUGGCUGGGCCGGCCCGCUUGUGCUGCCAGGACUCCAUGUUUCCGAUGUCUCUUUCCUUUCUGGUCCUCAGCAGAAUCAGGGAAAGAAUCAGGCAGAUGUGUGCCCUCAUGGAGAAGUCAUUCACUCAUGCAAAGCACCAAGCACUCUGCAUGCUGGGGUGGGGGGACCUGGUCCCUCCCAUGGGUAGAGUGAGGUGUCUCCAUGUCAGGUCAGCCAGUGUUACAGAACUACAUUUCCCCCUAGCGUUCUUAACUGCAAGAACUUUAUAUUUUGUUUGUCCAGGUAGGGCAUGUUUUCCUUUGUUCACAUUUUGUGCAAAAUUGGAACUCUUGUUUCUCUUCA